UGUCACAAAUGUAAACAAAAUACAGCUGAAGAAAAUGAUCAAUCAAUUCCGCAAUUUAUUUAUAAAAUAAUGUUUUUACAAGUUUAAUUGCAAUAAUCUCUUGAAAAAGUGCUCAAACAAAGACUCCGUGCAAGACCAUCCAAUUUAAAGUGAGUAGACACGAUUUUGUUGACUGUUUCCGCUCGUGAAAUCAAAGUGUGUGUGCCCUCCUCGUCAGUAUGAAACUGUGAGGAGUAGGCAGGACUAUGACGACCUACGAAGCGCUGGCAGGCACCAGCUCAUCGUCAUCCGCUGGCCCUUGUCACUGGUUGAAGCACAUGAAGCUGUACCGUAUCGGAAUAGUGAUCGCGACAUGCCUUCUGUUCGCUACGUUUGUGUUUUACUACCUUCUGCUGAAUGAUGAAUCCAAUGUGCCGAGCAACGACAUCCAUCGGUCGCGAUCACAGCUGGAGGCAUUCGACGAGGUGAGCCCGCUAAAGGCCGCUGAUUUGAAGCUUCGGAUCGAUGAGAUGUUACGGAUAAAAGGGACCGUGUCUUUGGAACUCCGGGACUUGGAAGCUCGUCGUCAGAAGUUGCAAUCGGAUAUUGGACAGUACAACCAAAAGAUAGACGAACUGAAGCAAGAGUUAGCUCGCCAGCAAACCGAGCUGGAAAGGUUGAAGAUAUCGGUUGAACAAGCUCAGGUGGCACAACGGGAAGCAGUGCUUCGCAACACACCUGAAUUGGCCCUGCCAAAAGCUUUAUUCUCACUUUCCGUGCCGGAACAUAAUCGACCCAUCUCGCGGGCAUUGGUGCGAGAAUGCAAAAUGAGUACCUGUUUCGAUCAUUCCCGUUGUAGUUUAACUUCGGGCUUUCCGGUGUAUCUGUAUGAGCCUGAUGUAAAUUCCGUUGUAAAUUUAGGAUACGAUAUUGACGGCUUUCUGAAAACGACCAUCAAACAGACCCUUGGAUAUAAUGCACACUUAACGGAUGACCCUAAAAGAGCCUGCGUUUUUAUGGUCUUGGUUGGUGAGGCGUUACCAGAGCAAGAGACAAUCCGUAACAAUCGUUAUGGAGUAACGAAUCUUGAAAAUGGAAAACAAUUCAGUGGUUCUAGUCUAAACGUGACAAAACUGAAACAAUUGCCCUUCUGGGGUGGAGAUGGCCGGAAUCAUAUUUUACUAAACUUUGCUCGUCGUGAUUUAAGCAUUGGCACUGGAAACAUAUUCCGGAACGCAGACACUGGUCGCGCAAUGUUGGUUCAAUCAAGUUUCGAAGUAGGGCAAUACCGGAAAGGCUUCGACCUGAUAGUUCCUCCGAUUCUGGGUCCGCCGGGUGGCGAUGUGUGGCAAGAGUGCAGUGCAAUGUUACCUGCCAGGAGGAAGUAUCUUUUAAGUUUUCAAGGGGAAAUGAAUGUGCAGAAUCAAUCGAAAUUGAACCACGUCGACGAUGAAACGGAAACAGUAGACGAUUUCAUAAUAGAACACUUGAAAGAGAUGUCAUCGGGACACACGCAGGACAAGUUUCUGCUGCAGUUUGAGUGCAUACCAGCAACGGAACAACGAAAUCCAUCCACUAUUAGAGAUUGGUCGCUUUGUGGAACUGAUAAUUCCAGAAAAUCGGUAUUGAAGGACGCCACGUUUACUUUACUUCUGGCUCCCGGAGGAAACAGUGUUAGCUCAACGUUGUUCCAAGCACGGCUUUACGAAGCUCUACGUGCUGGUGCGAUUCCAGUGAUUCUUGGAGGGGAUCAAAUGGAACUUCCAUAUGCCGAAACGAUCGAAUGGCGAAGAGCAGCAAUAUCCCUUCCAAAAGCUAGAAUAACUGAGCUGCACUUCCUGCUUCGAGCUAUUUCAGAUGCCGAUCUGCUAAGCAUGCGUCGCCAGGCCCGUCUUAUUUGGGAAAGAUAUCUCAGUUCGGUACAGGCAACUGUCGAUACCAUCAUAGCGAGCUUGAGAGACCGUCUCGGAAUUCCACCUAAGUCUGUUCCUCCCGUAUUGGCUCACAGUGUGUUCAACGCGAGCUUCAUUCCUCUUAAAUCCGAUCCAGUGCUGGACACCGAACCGGAAGAAUCCCUCGGGCCUAUUGAACCACCUUACCCUAGUCCAGCCUUUCGGCGGAACUACACCGCUCAUCUAAUACAAUCUCGCGAAGCUUGGAACGAUUGGGCAGACCCAUUCGCUUUGUAUCCCCAACUGCCGUUUGAUCCGGUGUUACCGUCUGAUGCCAAGUUCAUUGGAUCGCACAUGGGUUUCCGACCAAUUGGGAAAGGAGCAGGAGGUGCCGGGAAAGAAUUCGGUGAAUCGCUCGGAGGGAACCACCCUCGAGAACAAUUUACCAUCGUAAUACUCACGUACGAGCGAGAACAGGUCCUAAUGGAUUCUCUCAGUCGUCUCUAUGGUCUACCUUACUUGCACAAAGUAAUCGUCGUUUGGAAUUCGCCAAAACCGCCAUUGGAAGACCUUCGAUGGCCUGAUAUUGGUGUUCCGGUUCAUGUUGUCCGAGCACCGAGGAAUUCCCUAAAUAACCGAUUUCUUCCAUACGAUGCCAUAGAAACGGAGGCCGUUCUUUCCGUCGAUGAUGAUGCCCAUUUGCGACACGAUGAGAUCCUAUUUGGCUUUCGCGUUUGGCGGGAGCAUCGGGACCGGGUCGUUGGAUUCCCAGGACGGUUCCAUGCUUGGGAUACAAACACUUUAGACGCAUGGAAUUACAACUCCAACUACAGUUGCGAGCUAAGUAUGGUUCUGACGGGAGCAGCGUUCAUCCACAAGUACUACACAUAUCUGUACACCUACACACUACCACAAGCAAUUCGCGACAAAGUGGACGAAUAUAUGAAUUGCGAGGACAUUGCAAUGAAUUUCCUUGUGUCGCACGUGACUCGGAAACCCCCCGUUAAGGUGACCUCUAGGUGGACGUUCCGCUGCCCCGGUUGUCCUGUAUCACUCAGUGAAGACGACACACACUUUCAAGAGCGGCACAAGUGUAUCAACUUCUUUACAAAGGUAUUUGGAUACACGCCGCUACUGAACACACAGUACAGAGCCGAUUCCAUCCUCUUCAAGACACGAAUACCCCACGACAAGCAAAAGUGCUUCAAAUUUAUCUAAAUAUAGGCGCAACUAGUUUCUUACUCACCUCUACAGAAUUAACAGGUUACUACAACCUCCGUGGCCAUUCGGAUGAAUCGGCACCCGAAAGAAUUCCGACAGACGUUUGCCGGAUUCUGAUCACCCCAAAUGCAGUCAGCACAUUUUAACGUUAUACCAAAAAAAAAACAAAACAAAAAUCAUAGAGCUAUGCACGGACAAAAUUCCACUUACAUCAGAUUGUACUAGAUUACCAGAAACUUUCAAAUGGCAGCAACUAUCGUCUGUUAGUAGUAGUUGGACGUACCUAACCACAUUUUUUUCCAUUGCGUCGUAAACCUUCGGUUUCUGUUGAAUGGAGUUCUAAUUUGACACGUUUUAUGAGACUUUUUAUUGACAUUAUAAAUAGGUAGAGCAAAUCGUACAACUUUGAAAACCCCUUUCAAUGUUCUCAUUUUUACUUACCCUUCCAGUGCCACAUUAGGUUAAUCUAAAAUUUAGGUUUUAUUAUGAGUUGUAUGUGUGUGGAAGUGUUGUAUUUGUAUUCUAGGUUGUACACGUAUCUUAUACAUUUCAAUGGAUAUAACGCUUUAUACUACGUAACCGUCUAUUAGCUUUAUGAAAAUCAAUGUAAUAAAGAUGCUGUCGUCUAUUCUGCCGA